AUGGAUCCCAAAUAUUUCAUCUCAAUUUUGUUUUGUGGACUCCUGAGCAAUAAUACAUUUUCCUCAGGGAUAGAGGCGAGUACAACAGAGAAACCGGUACAGCCUGCUAUAUUUAGCUCAUUAAUGUCCGAUGUCUUGGCCAAUUCUCAAAACACAACAGGGAAUCCUUUGACUCUACCAACACAAUUCAACAACCCUUCUUCUGGGCAGCCAAGAUCACUAGCCACAAUCACUGCUGGAGAACCAGUACCAGUUGCCCUUGCCUCUUCUGGAAAACCUGCUGUACAAAGUUCCACCAGACCACCACUUACCUAUAACACCAUCAAACAAUCUAUACCACCAGUGGCCAACACGUCCCCUGGACAGACAGCACUAUCAGAGUUCACUUCUGCUAGACAAUCGCCAACACAGUCUACCUCUGCUUCCACCCAGCAAGUAUCACCACCUGUUCACAUCUCGUCUACAAAACCAAUACCACCAACUGCUCAUGAUCUAGCCACACAACUAAUAUCAACUGUUAAAAAUUCACAGAGGAUCACGCCAGGAUUCACCUUUGAUGCCACCACUAAUAAAAAAACCUCACAUAAGACCAGUUCUAAUUCAACAGCUGCCAUAUUAAUUGGUGUAAUUCUGACUUUUAUGAUGAUAGUGAUAAUCAUGAUUGUACUAUGGAAAUGCUUGAGAAAGCCAGUUUUAAAUGAUCAAAACUGGGCAGGUAGGUCUCCAUUUGCUGAUGGGGAAACACCUGACCUAUGUAUGGAUAACAUUAGAGAAAAUGAAGUACCCACAAAACGUACAUCAAUUGCCUCACUUAUAGCCUGGAAACCAAGCAAGAACACACUUUCAGCAGACAAUUUAGAAAUUAAAUUGUUUGAAUCAAAUGAAAACAUUGAGGAUUCCAACAGCCUCAAAGCAGAGAAAACAAAAGACCAAGUAAAUGGUGCAUCAGAGGAUAGCGCUGACAGAUCAACAAUUGGCACUGCCGUUUCUUUGUCAGACGAUGCAGAUCUGCCUCCGCCACCUCCGCUUCAAGAUCUGGAAGGACAGGAGAGUGUCCACUCUGUCACAGCCCCAAUGACAACUCCCUCUCCUCUUCCAAAUGAUUCUACUAAUCUCCUGCCAUCUCCGGACUGUCUCAACCAAGCCUGUGAAGAUCAAAUGUCUUCACUUCCCCCAGACUCACCUAACUUACCCUUGCCACAGGCAGAUUUUGUGAAAAGUCAAGGAGACUGCAACAGUGAGAUCCAAUGUCAAGAGUUCCCGAUUCCCCUCGACUAUGCUCAAGAUCUUAACGAAUCCCUGCCACUGCCACCUGCGGAACUGUUAUAA